AUGAAAUCCCGCAGGGACAAGCUGCACAUCCCGGCGCUGACCCUUGAUCUGUCUCCGAGCACCCAGAGCCCGGCCCUGCUGAGCCCCAGUAGCCCCUGCAGCCCCUGUAGCCCCUCGUUGGGCCUGCACCCCUGGAGUUGCCGCAGCGGGAACCGCAAAAGCCUGGUAGUAGGAACACCCUCACCGACCCUCUCUCGGCCCCUGUCACCGCUGUCAGUCCCAACGGCAGGCAGCAGUCCCCUGGACAGUCCUCGGAACUUCUCUGCCACGUCCGCCAUCAACUUCCCCUUUGCCCGGAGGGCAGAUGGCAGAAGAUGGUCUCUCGCAUCCCUCCCAUCAUCUGGCUAUGGAACCAACACCCCCAGCUCCACUGUCUCGUCAAGCUCUUCCUCCCGGGAGCGCCUCCACCAGCUACCCUUUCAGCCCACGCCAGACGAGCUGUGUUUCCUGUCCAAGCACUUCCGCAGCUCCGAGAGUGUGGCUGACGAGGACGGUGGCCGCUCACCCCGCCUGCGCCCACGUUCCCGCAGUCUCAGCCCGGGCCGCACAUCCGGGACCUUCGACAAUGAGAUCGUCAUGAUGAACCAUGUGUACCGGGAGAGGUUUCCCAAGGCCACGGCACAGAUGGAGGGCCGCCUGCAGGAGUUCCUGACAGCCUUUGCACCCGGUGACCGGCUGGCACUGGCUGACGGUGUUCUGGGCUUCAUCCAUCACCAGAUUGUUGAGCUGGCCCGUGACUGCCUGGCCAAGUCGGGCGAGAAGCUCAUCACCUCCCGCUACUUCCUGGAGAUGCAAGAGAAGCUAGAGCGCCUGCUUCUGGAUGCCCAUGAGCGCUCAGACAGCGAGGAGGUUGGCUUCGUUGUCCAGCUCGUGCGGAAGCUACUGAUUAUCAUUUCUCGGCCAGCACGGCUCCUUGAGUGUCUGGAGUUUGACCCAGAGGAGUUUUAUCACCUGCUGGAGGCGGCUGAGGGCCAAGCGCGUGAGGGCCAUGGCAUCAAGACAGACCUGCCCCAGUACAUCAUUGGGCAGCUAGGCCUGACCAAGGACCCUCUUGAAGAGGUGGUGCCACUGAGUCACCUUGAUGGUGGACAGGUCCCUACACCUGAGUCCCCAGAGAGCCGGGCCCUGGUUGGCCCAUCUCGGAGGAAGCCAUGUGAGAACGACUUUGAGACCAUCAAGCUCAUCAGCAAUGGGGCCUAUGGUGCCGUCUAUCUAGUUCGACAUCGUGACACGCGGCAGCGUUUCGCCAUCAAGAAGAUCAACAAGCAGAACCUCAUUCUGCGUAACCAGAUCCAGCAGGUGUUCGUGGAGCGUGACAUCCUCACAUUUGCCGAGAACCCCUUCGUGGUUAGCAUGUUCUGUUCUUUCGAGACUCGGCGCCACCUCUGCAUGGUUAUGGAGUACGUGGAAGGAGGUGACUGUGCCACACUGCUGAAAAACAUGGGCCCGCUGCCCGUGGACAUGGCCCGCAUGUACUUUGCCGAGACGGUGCUGGCGCUCGAGUACCUGCACAACUAUGGCAUCGUUCACCGUGACCUCAAGCCAGACAACUUGCUCAUCACCUCUCUCGGCCAUAUCAAGCUGACCGACUUUGGCCUGUCUAAGAUUGGGCUCAUGAGCAUGGCCACCAACCUGUAUGAGGGCCACAUCGAGAAGGAUGCCCGGGAGUUCUUGGACAAGCAGGUGUGUGGUACACCCGAGUAUAUCGCGCCUGAGGUGAUCUUCCGCCAGGGCUAUGGGAAACCAGUGGACUGGUGGGCCAUGGGCGUCGUCCUCUACGAGUUUCUGGUGGGCUGCGUGCCCUUCUUUGGGGACACACCCGAGGAGCUCUUCGGCCAAGUUGUCAGUGAUGAGAUCAUGUGGCCAGAAGGGGACGAGGCCCUCCCUGCAGAUGCCCAGGACCUCAUCACCAGGCUGCUCCGGCAGAGCCCCAUGGACCGUUUAGGCACUGGUGGCACCCAUGAGGUGAAGCAGCACCCCUUCUUCCACGCUCUGGACUGGGCAGGGCUCCUGCGGCACAAGGCCGAGUUCGUGCCACAGCUGGAAGCUGAGGAUGACACCAGCUACUUUGACACGCGCUCCGAGCGAUACCGCCACCUGGGCUCUGAGGAUGAGGAGACCAACGAUGACGAGUCAUCCACGGAGAUCCCCCAGUUCUCCUCCUGCUCCCACCGAUUCAGCAAGGUCUACAGCAGCUCUGAGUUCCUAGCUGUCCAGCCCACCCCAACCUUCGCUGAAAGGAGCUUCAGCGAGGACCGGGAGGAGGGUUGGGAGCGCAGCGGUGAAGGGGAGACAAGCCGCCAGCUGAACACUGAAGUACGCCUGAGAUCCUGGACAUCUGGCUCCUCCUGCCACUCCUCCUCAUCCCAGCCCGAGCGGGGCCCCAGCCCGUCACUCCUGAGCACCAUCAGCCUAGACACAAUGCCCAAGUUUGCCUUCUCGUCAGAGGAUGAAGCAGCAGGUCCAGCCCCUGGGGGUGCUGAGAGGCCCAUCUUCAUUCUUGGGGAGCCUGACCCACCUCCACCAACCACCCCAGUGAUGCCCAAAACCUCAGGCCUUUCCGCUGACACAGCUGCCCUCAGCCAUGCUCGCCUGCGCAGCAACAGCAUUGGCGCCCGACACUCCACACCUCGAGCCCUGGACUCCGGGAGGGGCCGUCGCCUCAGGGCCCCUAGAGACCCAGGUCCCGAGAAGCCUCGGACCUCCCCUAGUGGGGGCCGUGUACCCAAGUCUGCCUCGGUGUCUGCCCUGUCGCUCAUCAUCACGGCAGAUGAUGGCAGCAGCGGUGGCCCCCUCAUGAGCCCCCUGUCUCCACGCUCGCUGUCCUCAAACCCGUCCUCCCGUGACUCCUCACCAAGCCGUGACCCGUCCCCUGUGUGCAGCAGCCUGCGGCCCCCCAUCGUCAUCCACAGCUCAGGCAAGAAGUAUGGCUUUAGCCUUCGGGCCAUCCGCGUCUACAUGGGUGACAGUGACGUUUACACCGUGCACCACGUGGUCUGGAGUGUGGAGGAGGGCAGCCCUGCCCAGGAGGCAGGGCUGCGGGCUGGGGACCUGGUCACCCACAUCAACGGGGAGUCAGUGCUGGGGCUGGUGCACAUGGACGUGGUGGAGCUGCUGCUGAAGAGUGGCAGCAAGAUUGCACUGCGGACCACAGCUUUGGAGAACACGUCUAUCAAGGUGGGGCCUGCCCGUAAGAAUGUGGCCAAGGGCCGCAUGGCGCGGCGGAGCAAGCGCAGCCGCCGGCGAGAGACGCAGGACCGGCGGAAGUCACUCUUCAAGAAGAUCUCAAAGCAGUCCUCGGUGCUGCACACCAGCCGCAGCUUCUCCUCCGGCCUCCACCACUCCCUGUCCUCCAGUGAGAGCCUCCCGGGCUCGCCCACUCACAGUCUCUCCCCAAGCCCCACUACGCCCUGCCGCAGCCCAGCUCCGGACGCCCCCACAGACACCGCAUCCCCACCCAGCGCCUCCCCGAGCUCCAGCAGCCCAGCCUCUCCAGCCACUGGCCACACACGCCCCAGCUCCCUGCAUGGCCUGGCUGCCAAGCUUGGGCCUCCCCGCCACAAAACUGGUCGCCGCAAGUCCACCAGCAGUAUCCCACCCUCCCCGCUGGCCUGCCCGCCCGUGCCUGCGCCUCCACCCCGCUCACCCUCGCCCCUGCCUGGACACCCACCUGCACCUAACCGCUCCCCUCGCCUGCGCCGGGGCCAGUCAGCUGACAAGCUGGGUACAGGUGAGCGGCUAGAUGGGGAGCCAGGGCGCCGUGGCCGGGGACCAGAUGCAGAGCUGGUGGUCAUGCGGCGGCUGCACCUGUCGGAACGCCGGGACUCCUUCAAGAAGCAGGAGGCAGUGCAGGAGGUGAGCUUUGACGAGCCUCUGGAGGAGGUCACUGGGCCUCCUACCUCACUGCCGCAGAUUGCUGUGGAAGGCACCGACGUGGUGCCAGGAGCCCCUGGACCUGCAAACGAGGACUGA